GUCUUGGCUUCUGGUCUUGGCUUCGUCUGAGAAUUCCUUGCGUGGCGAACGAAGGGACUUUCAUGAAUGCGGCGUGCUGGGUGGCCCUUUGCGCAAGGGCCGCCGCGCGCGGAUCGUCCACGGCCGAGCGGCCGAGCGCUGUGUAUAUCGCUGGCAGGUCAGCAUUCAGUCCUUGGUGGCAGGGCAUCCGUGGCACUUCUGUGGAGGACGCUUGGGCCACGGAGGUACUCUCAUUGCCCCUGACUGGGUCUUGACCGCAGCUCACUGUGCAGCAGAAAUCACCAACGUUUGCAACCUUCGGAACAUCCGAAUCGUCUCGAGCGACUGGAAGAAGAGUUCCAACGAAGCGGCCGUGACGCGAACUGUGAAGAAGGCGUGA